AGCCUUUAUAAAUCAGUAUCGCAGAGUUUGCUGUCGGGCGCUCUACACUAUUUUACAAUGAAAUAAAUGUUGCUGACAUAAUCUAAUUUUCGGAUGAGAAGUGUGGCGGGCUGUGUAUUCAAUACGCACAAUAACAUAUGCUGACGAUAUGGAUGCAGCAUGACUGCAAAACUUUGGCUAAACACGUUCGGUUGCCUGUUGUUGUGCCUACUAUGUCUCCUAUCUACCUCAUUGCAAGUCACAAGCGCGUUCACGGAUGAGACCGCGGUUCUCUCAACUGUUUCGUCGCUGGCGGACUCUACGCCAACUAAAUUUCCAAAGUGCGAUCGCACGUUCGUGAGUCGCGGUGGCGCCACCAACGGAACGUUCCACGCGCCCGAGCUGCUGAACCCUCACAACACCAGCCGCCAGUGCCUGUUCACCUUCCUGGCCGCGCCGGGCCAGCGCGUGCUCGUCGAGUUCCGCACCUUCGAUCUGCGAGGGAAACCGCCAGAUGGAGCAGCGCUGGGGGAACUUCCAGCAUGCAUGCACGAGCAUAUGGAUAUCUACUCGGAGAUGUCGUCGCUGGAGCCGGGCGAGCUGGUCAACUCUCCGUUCGGCGGGCGCUACUGCGGACCCAUCCCUCCACGCCGCCGGGUCUCCCUGCACCGCGCCGUGGCACUGGCCUUCUUCACCGAUCACACCUACACCCCGCCCACGCUCUUCUACGGGACCUAUCGUUUUAUCAACGCCUCCGAGUUCGAGGUGGGAGCGCCGGUGGCGAACACCUUGUGCUCAUUUGUUAUCGAGGCCAGCAAACGCAAGACGGGCCUGUUGCUGUCCCCAACCUACCCCGGAAUCUACCCCAAAGAUAUCACGUGCAACUAUCAGUUCGUCGGGCAGCCAGGACAACGCAUCCGGCUAGAGUUUCGAGACUUCGAUCUAUUUUUCGGCGGGCCGCAUUGCCCGUUCGACUGGGUCCGCGUGUACGAUGGGCCAGAGAACUCGUCCGCCGUGAUCGGCACGUACUGCGGCCAGCAGCGCAACCUCGUGCUCUACUCCAGCGACGAGCGCCUCCUCGUCACCUUCUUCUCACUCCCACGCGCCGCCAACACGCAGAACCGCGGCUUCAAGGGAAUCUUCGAGUUCUCUGAGAGUUUUGUUAAGUUAGAUUUUAUAAGCAAACACGACGCUGAACAUAUAAGGGGGUCGGAAUGUGACCAAAAAAUACUUAGCAAGAAGGAAUCUUCAGGAUUUGUAUACCACCCUAACUAUCCAUUCCUCUAUAUACAAAAAGUUGUUUGUAGAUAUUUUAUAUAUGGCAUGCAAGAUUCUCAAAAUUUAGAGAGAGUCAGAUUAGAGUUCCAGAAUUUUUCUAUACCGAAAGGAGAUAAACCGAAACCUGAUACCGCGUGUCCCGAUGGGUACCUGAAGGUAUACCUGAAGGGCCAGGAGGCAACGGACUCGUAUGACAAACAUGACGCGGAGCUGUGCGGUGAGGGUGAGGUGGGCCCGCCUGUGUUCCCGCCGCCGCUCGUCUCCGACGGACCCCGCCUGGUGCUGGUCUUCAGCUCCGGGGAGCUUCAGGGAAGAGGCUUUAAGGCGAAAUACACGUUUGAAACGGAGUACCGUGUGCCGGGCACUGCAGCCCCGGGUGGAGAAUGCUCGUUCACGUAUCGCUCGGAAGCCAAGAAGCGUGGUGACUUCAACUCUCCCCGCUACCCAUCCAACUAUCCGUCGCACACGAACUGCACGUACUCCCUGGUGGCCACACCCAACGAGCAAGUCACCGUCGUCUUCGACCACUUUAAAGUGAGGGCAGAUGCGUGGAACGCGACAGCUGGAUUAUAUGGUGGAGCAACAUGCAGCGAAGAUUGGGUUGAAGCGUGGUGGUCCGGCCGGGAAGGAACCCGUGUCCCGCUAGGUCGGUGGUGCGGCCUGGCUACUCCUGGACCACUGCAGUCACCUCGAGGAGCCCAGGGCUUGCUAAUCGCUCUGCACACUGAUCACGAAGCCGUCGCGUCCGGGUUUAAGGCGAGAUACGUAUUCGAGCCAGCGAAAUCCAUAUUUGGAGACUGCGGUGGCAACGUUUCUGGUAGUCCAUGGGGCGUGGUUGCCUCGCCGAGAUACCCUCUCCCGUACGAGGCCCCGGCGCGAGGAGCAGCCUCCCGCGUCUGCAACUGGUUCAUCACCGCCAAGCCGGGAAGACGCUUGCUGCUCAACUUUGAUCAUUUUGCUGUUGAAGGACAUCUUACUGAGCGUGGCUGCCCAGCGGCCGUGCUACGCUUGUGGUACGAGAGUCCGGGCCCCCCGCUAGAGCUCUGCGGUGAGAAGGCGCCUUCAGACCGCUGGCAAUACCUCUCCUCGUCCAACUCGAUCAGAUUAUCGUUUAUUAUAGCUGAUAAGUCAGUAGGGGCUGCGGGGUGGCGCGCAGUAUGGACGGAGGUGACUGUUGGGGGCGUUGGGGAGGAGUGCCCCGAGGUGUGCGGGGGAGCAUGUCUCCCUCCCGGUGCGAUUUGCUCCGGUCUGCCUCACUGCGCUGGACAGACAACCAAGUCACCACGAUGUUAGUAUGCUCAAACUAGGCUAAGGUUUACAAUGGAGAAGUUUAUAAUAUUAAAUAUUGAUUAAUCUAAUAGUUAUUAUAGUUGGCAGCCCAACACUUAUACAGGGCUAUUCUCUUCCAUGUAUUGAUCCAAAACCCUUAAGUAUCGCCACGUUUUGGCUUCAUACAUUGCAGAAGAAUACUAGCCUGUACCGUGUUUUGUGGAUGUCUAUAAUUAGCUACGAAUAAGUAGCAGUAUCUGUCUACUAAUGAGCGACAUAAACAUAUUCGUAAAGUUUUAAAGGGAUUUCAGUAUUUUUUAAAGAAUAUCUAGUAUCUACGCAUUCUUCUUAAUACUUAGGCCUAAAUAAUUCUACUCUUACUAUAAUAUUUACUACCUUUCCGACUACCCUCUUAGUUCAAGUAUCACCGAUGAUAUUGUAUCUAUAGUAUUUUCUCUAUAGUAGAUAGUUCAAUUAUUGUCGAUUGAUAUAAAUAAUAUAUUUCCUUAAACUUCUCCAUUUUGUUUCCAAUGUAAAAUAUGAACGAAAUUUGUUUGGCAUAAUUUAAAAUUGCUGAUUUGCACUUAUAUACCUAAUGCUUGUCAUUUUCUUAAGCUUGUAGCACAAAUAGAACACUGUAAUUCUAGAAGGAAAAUGUAUUUUAGCUUGCAACAGUAUGAUAUUGAGAGUCACAGCAUUCAACACAGUUACCUGUAUGCCAGCUGGGUAUAUUGUAACAUUUAAUAUGUACACGCAAUAAGAUCUACCUACCUACCUAUUGGUGUGGGCACACUUCACGAAAUGCUUAGAUUUAUUUAAUAUUAUCAACAUCAAUUGUUUGUAUUUACAAAUUCGUAAAAGUAUGUAUAUAUAUACAUCUAAUCUGGAUAUCUUAAAAAUUAUAAUCAUACUUUAAAAACGUACUUAUAAGUAGAUUUAAAAGAUUCACAAUGUCGUCUUCAGUAUUUUAUUGGAAGUAAAAGCAAUGAAUAUUACUUUGUACUAACUAUGUCAACUUUUAUAAAACGACAAAAUAUGUAGUCCCAAACUGAUAAUUUUCUAGGCGCAUUUUUUUUGUAAAUCUAGCAACGUCGGAGAAUGAGUUUAAAUAUAUUUCAUUGUAACUAAUUGUGUAAAGUUGACUUAUAUAAUAUUUAAAUUAGAAUUUGUCAGUGUUAAAUAACAACAAAAAGGAGUAAGCUGGGCGUUCUUUAUAAAGAAAAAAAAAGUGUGUGUGUACUUCUUUAUGCACGCAAGAAGUUAUACUUCUUUGGCCUAACGAAGCAAAAAUCAUUAAAACGAUUUAUUCCUCGUGCUAAUCUACGUUUUUAGAACGAACAAUUUUGUAAAAAUCUUGCAUCUUUGCAACUUAAUUACUUGGCUUUGACACUUAAUUAUUAAAUAAUGAAUACGGCUGUAUGGGCUUGAACAAUUUGCCUGUUCUAUUAACGGUCGAAGAAAGAAACGUCGGAAAAUUUUAGGAACCAAAUUCAACCUUACCAAACGCGCCAAAACAAGUACCUGUAAUUUCUAAUAAAUUGGUGAAAAUUAUAAAUAUAUUAGUUACUUUUGUGUUAUAGUGAUCUUAAAAUUUGACUCUCAUCAUGUUUUCAUUACGCGCCUAAGGAAGUAUUACUUCAAAAAUGUGUGUGUUCUUAUGUACGUAUUGUAUUUUACGUUUGUAGAGAGAUCAGAAUAGUAAUAAAGAAGGUAUUAAAUAUAACCAACUUAAAUAUUGUUAUACCGCAUAAUUUAGUCUGAAAUAUUAUACAAAAUAUGGUCUAGUUGACCAACUAACGUCAGAGUGUCGAAUUUGCGUCACGGUGUGCGCGCGCAUUGUAUAAAUUCACACAGCUUUUUUUAUUAUAGUUUAUUAUCAGAAUAAAUUAUCACUAACGCCCCAAAACUUCAAAUAAAUUGACGAGAAGUAUAAAUAUAUUUCUUAAAUAUUUUUAAUCAUAUAAUUUGUGGCAAAAUAAAACCAAUAUUGACUUGAUUGAGCCAAUACGUAACUUCAGGGCUGAAAUAAAAGAGGCUUAGAUUUAAAAAAAUCUAAUUAUGACGAAACUAAAUAGAAAUAAUUGAAUUCCUCCCCACCUACUUAUCUCUGUAUUCGGUACUAGUAAUUGCAUAUCUAUAUCAAACGUAGAUACUAAAUAGGUACCCACAAACAUGCUUAAAUAGUUAAUUUAAUAACAAUUUAUUAAAAUUGUACUCCCCGCUUACUUCUUACAUUAUAAUAAGGUAAAUGGUUAAUAUAAAAUGUAGCAUUGUAUGACAUUUAAAAGAACACAGUUUAAAUUUCACUUUCUGUCUCUUCUCAGUAAAUUGACGAUUCAAUGCAAUCUUUGUCUCAGAGAAUACAUACCUAUCUACUAUUGUAAACUUGAUAUCUAGGCGUAUGGCGUAUUUAUGAUCAUACCGGAUGUGUUAUUGUUAUUGCUAAACUUAGUUCAAUAUAUUGAAGAUGUUGGAAACA